AUGACGAAUAUUACUUUUAAAACCAACCAUGCUAAAGCCAUGAUAACUACAAAUAAUUUAGUCAAUUUUGAUUUGAAGGAUUUAGUCAUUGACUCCAAUGGGUCUUUUGAAGAAGAUAAAAAUAUUAAUAGCUUGCUCUUGGAUUAUUUUAUUGAAAAUCGAGAUAUUGAGAAUUUAUACAUCAGCAAGAGAAAAAAUAAUACACACACGAUAGGCUGCAAUUAUAUGGUGUCUUUGUCAGGCUCUUAUAAUUUGGAUAUCAUUCCUUUUACACUUGUUAAUAAUACGUGUAGGCACUCUUCACCAACUUAUAUUGUUUAUAAUUUAGAUAUUCCUGAUUUAUCGCCAAUUAGCUGCAUAGAGAAUACAGGAAAUGGACCUUUACCAGCAUGCUUUUAUUUUACAGGGUAUUAUGAUAGAAGUAUAAAGGAUUCAACAUUUAUAGGGAAUAAAAAUUAUCACAUCUCUGGAAAUGGAGCAAUCCAAAUAGAAAGUGAAAAUAAUUUGUAUGUCAGAAAUUGCUCAUUUUUAGAUAACUCUGCUGACUUUGCUCCUGCAAUUUAUUUUAAAGGUAAAAAUCUUUAUGUUGAUUCCUCUAAAUUUGAAUAAAUUAAAAUGGUGACGUGUGUCAACCUGCCAUCUUGGUGCGAUAGUCCGGACCUUAUGGUGCGGUGAACUGGGAUGGACUCCGAGCAUAGAAUCAAGUGCAGGCUCAAGAGAUGUGCAUUUAGCUAUUUUUCUGUGGUUGGAAAAUGGAGGUGCUCAACAACAUCCUUUUGGAUCCGAGGACACAUAGGCAUUCCUCUACUGAGAAACGGGGGGUUUUAGCCCAGACCACAGAGUAGUCUUUUUUCUGAAGCUAUUUAAAGAAGGCACAUCGGCACCAAAGGGCUGAUCCAUGGAAUCAAGCUACUCUAAGUGCUCGUAGGAGAACCACAGAAAUUCAUAGAAGCCUCAAGGAGAGACAGAAGGUGCCGAAGUGGCAUCCACUUUUGGGGGAAAUACCCUCUGGUAGGAGUUGAAAAGCAGUUGAACCUCCGUGCAGGAGAUCUUUUGUUGACUGCAUCACCAAUAUGGCUAACGGAUAACUUUAAUAAUCUAAAUUCGAAUCAAAUGAAUCAAAACUAGGCAGUGGGGGAGCAAUUUAUUUUAUUUUGGGCUCUGCAAAUAAUAAAGGAGCAAUAAUCAUUUCCUCAAGCAGUUUUCGCAAUAAUUCUGCUCAAACGAAUGGUGGAGGAAUUUAUAUAGAAGCAAAAUCAACAGUACCUUUAGGGCUUGAUUUAAUCAUUUCCCAGACUAAUUUUACUGACUCCCCCCCUCCGUGAGUGAACAAAACCAAUAGAAAAAUCGCCAUUUUUUGUCCAAAAACCCACCCUUCGUGAGUGAACAAAAAUGUUUUUAAUAGAAAAAUUUUUUUAUGGAAAAAAAUUUUGAUAUAUAAAUGAUAAUUAGUAUAAUGAAAUCUAGAGCUAAUUCUGUUUAAUUUUAAACGAAUUGCUUUUUAAAACAUAAAUUUUAUAAAUUAAAUUAAUUUUUGCUUUCCAAUUUUUGCAAAUUAGGAUUUUUUUAAAUUUCGAACAAAAAUUUUUUUUUAUGAAAUUUAUAUAUAAAAAAGUUUUAAAAAACAAAAUUAACCCCCCCGUGAGUGAAAAAAAUUUUUUUGUUCACUCACGGGGGGGGAGUGAGAACUAUGCGGACUAUGGAUCAGCUUUAUAUUUGGAUCGCUCUGUUUCUUUAUCUCAAAGCUCAACUAUAAUUACUUCAAAAUUUAAAGAAAAUAACUCUCACAAAUCAGGAACUAUUGCAUUAUAUUUUUAUAGUGGAAUUUUAUCAUUUAAAUCAUGUGAGUUCAGCGAGAAUUCUUCUAAUUUUGGAGCAGUUUUUCACAUUGAUAUAAAUGAUGAUACCGAUGAGCUUCACUCAAAAGCAAUUAUUGAGUUAUCUACUUUCAGAAACAACACUGGGAGCUCUAUUAUUAAUUUAGACAACCAGAACAGGAACUCAACAGUUGUGACAAAAAAUUGUUUAUUUGAAUUCAACAAAGGGAUCAUAGCUUCUUUAAAUUUUGACUAUUUUUCUGAUAGCGGAUCAGUAUUUCAAUACAAUCUGCUAGUUUUGGGUCCUGCUUUUUCCUUCAGAACUCAGCUAUUCUAUAUGCUAGCGCAAGCAAAUAAUUAGCUCAAUUUAAUUAACUUCUAUUUAGUCCUUUAGUUGUGCAGCAUGCAUGAGACAUCUUUUUUCUUCAUUUUAUUGCUACUCUCGAACCCAUGCCGUCACAGCCUGUCUCACUCCUACUCGUCCCCUUGAAGCCAUUUGGGAACCCAGAAGUAUGGGAAAACACUAGUGGCUUGGCGUGUUGCCUUGCUCUAUUUGACUUUUCUCUAGCACCUGCUCUGCCUAAGAGCUUUGCCUUUUAUAUCAGUAGGGAAAAAGGUAAAACACUAUACACAAGGUAAAACACGAUACAUAAGGUAGGCGAAGUAUACAAUUCCUCUCAAAUUUCUGCUCUUGUGCAGAAAUCCACAUGUAAAAACUUAACCCUAUAAUAAUAAAAGUUGGGUGAGGAAAAAAGAAUUCACACCAUGAAUUUUAUCAAAGCCAUUUUAUUCAUCUAUAUGCUAGUUCACAAUUUCUUAAUAAUACAAGCGAAAAAUAUGGUGGAGUUAUAG